UAAUAUAUCUAGACUAGACUUCUACUUACUUUACUACUUAGCAGAGUAGAGCCAUCAAUAUUAUCAUCAAGUCUAGACUCUAGUCUUAAAUAUUAAAGGAACAAUCAGAAGGUGCCUCUCAACAAAGCCACUAGUCGUCAUCAUGUCAACAUCUUCUGAAAGCAAAUUUCAUCCAAUCAAGACAAAUGAGCAGCUACUUACAGACUACACUCCACAAGAUGGCCAGAUAAAGCUAAGAAACCCACACAUAGCUGAGAUGGAAGAAGAUGUGUUGUACCACUUAGCACUCAGCAAUAAAAAGCAUGACCUUAAAGAGAUGUUUCAUGAUGUCAAGUUUGUCUGUUUUGGUGGGUCACCAACCAGGAUGCAGAACUUUGCUGAGCUGCUGGUGUCUGAGCUGAAGAUCAAAAUCCCAGCGGGUCAGACGUUGACCAACAUAGCCCAUGGGUCAGACAGAUAUGUGCUGUACAAAGUUGGCCCAGUCAUUUCAGUCAGUCAUGGUAUGGGCAUCCCAUCCCUGUCCAUAAUAUUCCAUGAAAUCCUCAAGCUCAUCUACCACGCUGGAUGCAGUGAUGUUGUCUUUUUUAGGCUAGGCACUAGUGGAGGCCUAGGUUUAGAGCCAGGAAGUGUCGUCAUAACAGACGAAGCUGUUGAUGAAUUACUGCGACCAUAUAUGGAGUUGUCGACCCUUGGCAUGGUCAUUCAACACCCAUCUAAGCUGGACAAGGACAUAGCCGAUGAGUUGAUGACCUUGUCUAAUCCAGAGGGGGACGGGUACAUGACAACAAUAGGAAAAACAAUGUGUACGCUGGAUUUCUAUGAAGGACAAGCUCGUCUAGACGGAGCAUUCUGUGAAUACAAUGAGGAGGACAAAGUUGCCUUCCUCAAGCGUGUUUACAACAGAGGUGUUCGCAACAUCGAGAUGGAGUCGCUGUGUUUUGCUGCCUACUGCUACAGGGCUGGUCUCAGGGGAGCUGUGAUCUGCUGCACACUGUUGGACAGACUAAAAGGGGACCAGAUCAACACCCCCCACAACAUCAUGGAGGAGUGGCAGUGUCGGACACAGAGGCUCGUUAUUGCAUUCAUAAAGAAAAGGCUGGGAAUUAAUUAGUACAGUUGAUUAGGACAAGAUUCUGCCAAAGUAGACACCAUGUUAGAACUGUACUAGAUGUCUGUGAAGAAGUCAACUAAAGGUGCUGUUACCCUAUGUAACGUUGUGCUGUGUUCAGAAUCUUGGCUUGCAUUUUUAUGCUACCAAAUGUAUUAUCUAAUCUUACUUAUAUCAAGUAGCUAAGUGUUAUUUGAACUGCUUGAAUUAUAUAACCUGCACCAAUUAUAGAAGAUCUAAAAAUGUUAUAUUUUACUCGAGAAUUGUUAUAGAAGAAUUUAAUCUGAAAUAUAUAUAUUUAUAUUAUUAUUUUGAUGAAUAUAUAAUUAAAACUAUUUGUAUAGAGAGCUCACCUGAAAUGGUACUCACCUCUACCUGCCAGAUUGAUACCACCUGUGAUAUUUUAUGGAUAUUUUCUUACUUAGGAGAUUAUUUUUUUACUGACCAGCGCUAAAUAAUUGUUUUUAUUCCAUAGAUUUUUUUUUGUCAAUCAUUAAAUUAUAACUCAUAUUUCUGAGAUUAUUAAUUUUUACAAAUGAUACCAAUCAAAUAUUGCCAUGAGAACAUGAAGUAUUUUUUUCCAUCAAAAGCUGCAGGGUUUGUUAUGGUGUUGUAUACACACCAGUUACAUAUCAGAUUAACCUUUGAACUCUAGAAUUUGUGAUUGGUUGCCACACCAAGUGUUACAUGAUGUGCCCACAUAUACUGUAGGUGUUUGAUUAGAUGAGUUUUGUGUUAUUAUAAACCAUAUAAAAGUAAUCAAGUGAGCAACUUUUUUUUUUAUGACAAUCAUUGCUUUGUAAUCUUUGUAUCGCGCUGGUGCUACACAUGUAGUAGUUCUGGAAUACUUUUUGCCUCUGGUCAUGUUAUGCUGUACUGAGGAGAUGAAACUCUGAAAGAAAGCUGUAAUAUUUCACUUUGUAUCAUGCCAUUACUAUAGUAGAAUGUGCACUGAACAAAACUCAGAUUAGAGACUGGCUUUCUUCCUGUGACUGUCCAGUCCAUUAAAUGUGAUGUUUGACUGGCUUUCUACCUGUGACUGUCAAGUCCAAUAAAUGUGAUGUUUGACUGGCUUUCUUCCUGUGACUGUCAAGUCCAUUAAAUGUGAUGUUUGACUGGCUUUCUUCCUGUGACUGUCAAGUCCAUUAAAUGUGAUGUUUGACUGGCUUUCUUCCUGUGACUGUCAAGUCCAUUAAAUGUGAUGUUUGACUGGCUUUCUUCCUGUG